AUGUUAAACCCCAGAACCAAUAUAAAUAAACAAAAGAAAGAAGAAAUACAAUUAGGAACAACCAUUGCAGCCAUCAAAUUUAUAGAUGGAGUGAUUAUUGCAGCAGAUUCUCGUACAACAAUGGGACAAACAAUUGUCAAUAGAGUAUCAGACAAACUUACAAAGCUUUAUGGAAAAAUUUGGUGUUGUCGUUCAGGUUCAGCAGCGGAUACACAAGCCAUUUCUGAUGUAUUACGCCAUCAUUUAUCUCUUUACGCAAUCCAAAAUAAUAAACCUCCUAGCGUAGAAAUCGCAGCAAAUCUAGCAGCAGAAAUUUGCUACCAAAAUAAAGAUAUUCUUACCGCAGGAUUAAUUGUUGCUGGUUUUGAUGACGAAAAAGGCGGUGACAUCUAUUCUAUUCCAUUAGGAGGUAGUAUUCAUCAACAAAACAUAGCCAUCGGCGGGUCAGGAUCAAGUUACAUUUAUGGAUUUUGCGAUAAAUCAUUUACUCCAGAUAUGUCUAAAGAAGAAGGAAUUGAAUUUCUUAAACAAGCUGUAUCUCUUGCUAUAAAAAGAGAUGGAAGCAGCGGAGGGGUCAUUCGUAUGGCAGUCAUCACAAAAGACGGUGUCGAACGCCUUUUUUUUUCACAAGAAAAUAAUCAAAUACCAAAUAUUUAA